AUGACGAGCUCGGCCUCGGAAAGUCUUUUGCUGAAGAACUUGGACUUAAGGAUGUCGACUGGGUCGCGAGAGUCAGGCAUGUCGGUUGCAAAUAGACUCUACACGUUCGGUGGAGGAGUCAACGCUUCAGAUCCGGUCAUCAGUCCGGACUUGCUACCGUCUUUCCAGAGUCAGUGUCCGAGAGGCGGAGACAUAUUGGCUAGGACCCCGCUCGACCACGUCACGAGCAGUGUUUUCGACGACCAGAGUCUUCGCAACAUCCGGAGCGGAUUCUCCGUGUUGCCGUCGGAUGCGAUCCUAUACAGCGAUAGGGUUACUCGCUCGGUUGUCGACACGUACGUGGUCGACGACUCGACCUUCGCGCGGGACUUCGCCAUCGCAAUGGUGAAGAUGGGCCGGAUCGGUGUGAAGAUCGGCAACGGUAGCGAGAUUAGGCGCUGCGUGCAAAGUGCGUGUGUUAAGGCCGGAGGUUCGACUUACGAGGUCGAGGCCGGUAGAAGAGACGGUAGACUUUCCAGUGCAAUUUUGGCAUUGCACAUGCCGGAAUUUCACAAUUCCGUCGACACGCUCCGAUUAAAGUUCUUCGAGAAAGGACUCACCGAAGCCGAUCUCGUCUUGCUGAGUGGGGAAACACAUACGAUCGGUACUACAACAUGUUUUUUCGUCAGAGACAGAUUGUACGCCUUCAUGGGUGCAAAUACAUCUGACCCCGCAAUUAGCCCCGCUCUGCUACCAUCACUGGAGCGCCAAUGCCCAAAAGACGGAAGUCCACUAGAUCGAAUACUACUUCUCGAUCAAGUGACCGGAGAUAGUUUUGACGUCCAAAGCUUGAUUAACAUCAAGAACGGUUUCUCCGUCCUGCCCUCAGAUUCGAUACUAUACGAAAACAACAUCACCAAAUCCGUUGUGGAUUUCUACAGUGUCCCCGAAUCCGCAUUUGCAGGGGAUUUUGUUGUGGAAGUUCAAUUUGUUAUGAAUGUUUGA